AUGGCAAAUCCCGAGAUAGAUCAUCAAGCUACGGUACUUCGAAAACAUUCGGACAUUGCAAUGCUCAUCCGUGGGUUCCACCAAUGUUCAGCAAUACGAGCCCGACGUCGACCAAGUUACAAGGUGCACACAGGCUCGAUUGAGUGCCGAAUGCAAGCAGCGAGGCUGUCCCGUCGGAGAGGAUUUAUGUUCCGAGUCCCGAUGCUUCCUUGA